CUGGGAGCGCGAGACCCGCCAUUCGCUUGGCUCACGCCUUCGCAGUCACUAGAGUAGCCGCGGCACCGGAAAGGAAGAGUAGGCCGGAGCCGAGCUUUUUUCCUGCCAAGAUGUCUAUUGGUGUGCCGAUUAAAGUCCUACACGAGGCUGAGGGUCACAUCGUGACAUGUGAGACAAACACUGGUGAGGUGUAUCGUGGGAAGCUAAUUGAGGCGGAGGACAACAUGAACUGCCAGAUGUCCAACAUCACAGUCACAUACAGAGACGGCCGGGUGGCACAGCUGGAGCAGGUGUACAUCCGUGGCAGCAAGAUCCGCUUUCUCAUUUUGCCUGACAUGCUGAAAAAUGCGCCCAUGUUAAAGAGCAUGAAAAAUAAAAACCAAGGCUCAGGGGCUGGCCGGGGAAAAGCUGCUAUUCUGAAGGCCCAAGUGGCCGCGAGAGGAAGAGGACGUGGAAUGGGGCGUGGAAACAUCUUCCAGAAGCGAAGAUAAAUUUAUCUGUUGAACAGAACUUUGCCGUUUUUUUUUCUUUCAGGUUAUCUGGGUUCAGGGGGGUGUGUGCUUAUGUAUAUGUUCUAGAUUUUCUUUUGACAUCUUUCUCUUUAGAUCAGGGGAAAUGUUACACUAAAUAAAUAUGGUGGUCUUUUUUGUUGUUGCUUUUCUUUUUUUUUUUUU